GCAUCACUUGAGUUUGUGAGCUAGAAUGGGCGCACGUAGGUGCAUGUUUGCGCUGCUUGCGCUUGCAGCAUGCGCGACGGCCACCGACUGGAUUCCUCAUCCUGAUUGCGAGCAUCGCUGUGAUGCUAGCAACAUGUGUGUCAGCAAACUAAGCACCACCGGCUGGGGCCUUUGCGCGGAGGGUUCUGCGGAGCUGGCGCGCGAGCUGGUUGUCGACGAGCAAACAUGCUGGCUCAGUCACAAAUGCACAUCCAGCAGGAUUUGCAGCUCCUAUUCUGGGAAGAGCCAGCUUUAUGGUCCAGAGACCACGUCCCCCAUGAAGCUCGCGGGUUGCGAGCGCGCCGACUGUUGGAACUGGCCAGGCGCAGGACUCUGGCAGCUGGGCUCUGCUGACGCAGAUGUCAAUGCUAAGGACAGCUGCGCGCCCGGGGUGCGCGCCUACCUGCGCUGCUGCGAGCAGCGGCCGCGCCGCACCUGCGCGCCGCUGCUGCCAUGCACGGCGCCAGCCGCCGCCUCUGACGAACACGACCCUGACCCCGACAACCAAUCGGACGAAGUCGCUGCCUCCGCCUCAUCUCACGCAGCCUCAGCCCCAGCUGGCGCAGCCUCAGCUGCCGCGGCAACCGCCGCAACCGCCGACGCGGCGCAGUCGGGCCGCGGCCGCAGCGACCCCCACGCCCUCACGCUGGAAGACGGCAACGCCGAGCGCCGCGGGGGCAACCAGACCGUGCGAAGCAAUAGCAGUAGCGGCAGUAGUAGCAGCACCACCAGCAGCGGCAGUGUCAGCCGCAGGAGUGCUCGCGGCGGCGGCGGUAAGGGGCACGGAGGUAGCGGAGCCCGCCGAGAUACAGCUAAAUCCGACCCCACCACCUCCAGCGGCAGUAGUAGUAGCAGUGGCGGCAGCAGCGGCAGCGACAGCAGCACCAGGAGCAGCGGCAGCGACAGCAGCAGCAGCAGCAGAGAUCCUACGUCCAACAAAGGGCCAGUGUCCAAGUCCACCGACGAGGCCCCAGCUCAAACCAGCAGUGUCGGCAGCGGCGGCAUUAUUGGUGGCGGCGUCAUUAUUGGCGGCGGCAUCAGCAGCAGCAGCGGUGGCGGCGGCAGCGGCAGCAGUGGCGGCGGCAGUGGCGGCAGCAACAGCAACAGCAGUAGCAGCAGCGCCGCUGCGGCGGCGGCGGCCUACAAGGCGCCCGCCACCGUGGGCUCCUUCCUGCGUGGCAACGUGUCUUCCGACCCGGUGUGGCGGGCGGGGCUGGCGCUGCUGCCGCCGCUGGGGGCAGCGCUGCAGGCGGCGCCGGCGGUGGCGGCCUGGUACGCGCAGCGCUGGGACGCCGCGUUCCGACCCAUGCUGGCCGCGGUGCUGUGUGGCGCUGACGUGCACGACCCGGCCGUGCUGCCGCCCGAGGCGGCGUCCCGCGCCUCCGCCGCCGUACGGCUGCUGCUGGCGCCGCCGCUGUCGCGCUUCCUGCUCGCCACGCCCACCGGCUCCUUCCUGACAGACCAGCUGGCAGCGAGCAUGGGCGUGGCGCUGGAUGCCAGCGCCAUCAACGCCCACAUACAGCCUGGCAACAUGCUUAGCUAUGCAGCAGCCGUGCAGGCCUUCCUUCACAGCGACCCGCUCGCCACCGCCUCAGUCCUGGCCGGUGGGCUCAUGACCGGCGGCGACGACGUCAGCAGCGGCGGCAGCGGCGGCCCAGGCUUUGACUUUGACUUUGACUUCGGAGACGACGACAGCGAUGGCAGCGGAGGCGGUGGCGGUGGCGGUGGUGGCAACAUGGGUGGCGGUGGGAGCGGGAGCGGCGGCAGCGGUGACACUGCUGAUGACGUGGACGCGUUUUGGGCGGGCGUCCGCGGCAGCGGCGCCGGCAAUGCCGACGUCGACCCUGACGCUGAUGCUACUGGUACUGCUGAUGGAGGUGACACCGACGGCGGCAGCAGCAGCAGUCUGGCCGCACUCCUGAAAGCCCUGGGCCUGUCGGGCGACGGCGACAACGACGGUGGUGACGACGACGAUGUCAGCGGGCCCGCGGCCUACGCGCCCGCCGGAUCCGGAUCCGCCGGAUCCAGCAUCAACGGUUACAACGGUUUCAAAAACGCAACGCCUGGAUCCAGCGGCGCCUCCGGCGGCGGCAACGGCAGCGGGCUUGAUGGAUCCGCCGGCAUGGUUCCGCUGCUGGGCGGUUUGGUGUCGGUGCUGACGGCGGGCGGGCCGCUUGGAUCCAGCAUCGGCGGUUUGGAUCUGGUCGUGGAUGACGUGUUCAUGGCGGCCUUCAUGGGGCCGCUGCUGCUGCCGGGGCUGCUAGGCGGCGUGGCGGGCGGCAUGGGGGUGGAGAUGGCCGCGCCCGACAGCCGCCUGACCGCCCCGGUGGUGGUGGGCGACCUGCUAGGUCUGACCAGCGGCCUGCUGCGGGCCGCGCUCAACGCCAGCGCCGCCGCCGCCGUGCGCAGCCCGCCCGACUUCGGCCGCGCGCUGAUGGCCAUGUCCGCCACGGAGCGCGCCGCCUUCACAGCCAUGGCCAGCAGUCUGGACGCGCUGACGGCGGCGGUGGUGGACUUGGUGGCCGCGGCCGACUCCUACCCAGCUCCGCCGCCGCCGCGCGCCACGCAGUUCGCGCUGCCGCCGCCGCCAGCCUCCGCAACGCCGGCGCUGCCCACACCCACCCGCAUGCCGCCGCUGCCGCCGCCGCUGGCCGCCGCCGCCGACACCUGCGCCUCCCCGGCCGCGGCCCUGACCUCCGACCUGCUCGUGUCCCUCACAUCACCGCUCUCCGGCUCGAAACUGUUUGGGGUGCUGACGGCGGCGGUGGCGCCGGCGGCGGGGGGCGCUCUGCGGUCGCUGCCGACGGUGCUGAGCUGGUGGGCGGCCCGGUGGGAUGCGUCCAUGCAGCCCGUGCUGGCCAUCGCGGUGUGCUCUCCGCCCGGCACGCUGGUGCCGCUGCCGGCGGCGGAGCGGGCGCUGGCCUUCCUGCGCUGGCUGGGGCUGCCGCUGCUGCGCCGCGCCGCCGCCACCAACACCGGGGCCGUGGUGGUGGACAGGAUGCAGGCAGGAGGCGGCGGUGGUGGUGGUGGUGAUGGUGGCGGGCAGGGCUUCAAUAUCAGUGCGCUGGAGCAGCAGCUCACACGCGCCCGGCUGCGCGCCGCUGUGGCCGAGGUGCAGCGGGCGACGGCGGCGGACGGCAGCGGCGGCGGCGGCGGCCUGAGCGCACUGCCCGCCGCCACGCUGCCGCUGGUGGCGCUGGUGGGCGCUCUGCUGGGGCCGCCGGGGCUGGCCGCCACGGACCCGCGGUUCACCAGCUCUGACAUGACCCUGGACGCCAUGGUCAUUCUGCAGGCAAUGGCGGAGCUGCCGCUGCGUGCCGCCGCCGCCGGCUACGUCGCACCGCAGCUGGCGGCGCCGAGGGCCACCGGCACCGGCGUCAGCCCCGGCGCCGCCCGCAGCGCCUCUGCCCGCGACCCGUUCUACGACUCGCUGCUGUCUCUGACGCCCAGCCAGACGGCCGCCUUCAAGUCCUUUUCCACCAGCAUGUCGGCGCUUCAGUCGUCCGUGGUCAAGAUGAUGUCCACGUACGGCGGCGGGCCCGGCCCAAUUCUGUUAACUGCCUUGCCGCGAGUCGCCUUCCCGCUCGGCCCCGCGCCGCCUGUCACCACCACCGCCGCCGCCAGCGGCGGCAGUGGCAGCGCCGGCGACGACGACGAUGAUGACGAGGCCGAGGGCCUGAGCGGCGGCGCCAUUGCUGGCAUUGUGAUUGGCGUGCUGGCGGCGGUGGUGGUUGUGGCGGCGGUGGCGGUUACGCUGCGGAAGAGGCAGCUGCAACAAAAGUACGACCAGCUGAAGCUGGGUGGAGGAGGGCUGGGAGCAGCGGGCGACGGCGCGGGUGGCAGCAUUGGCGGCGGCGGCGGAGGCAAGGGUCUGGGAAGCGCGGGCGUCUCUCAGGAGUUUGAUUACGAAAGCGGCUUUGGCCGCGCCCUUGGCAGCAAGGCGGUUGCGGUAGCGGCGGUUGAUGAUGACGAGGCGGACGAGCGCUCCCGACUGGCGCCUGGAGAGAAGAGCUCGGGCAUUUAAUAAUGCGGUAGGCGCGCGACUGGCGAAGGGUUGACCUUGUGUGUUUACCUUACUUGCCUCUAUGUGUCAUCUUUUAUUGCUUUGGCGGGUGUUAAGUGGAAUACUGGCGCGUUCAGUCCACUGCUGUUGGCUCACUGUCACAGGUGCGGAGGGAUUUGGGCGGGUGUGGGCGGCGGUGGUGGCGGCGGCGGCAAUCGGUCGAAGUACUGGCACCAUGGCCACAACAGCAACGGCCACGCGGCAGUGGAUGCGGGCGGCGGGGGCGGGGGCGACGGGGGCGGCUCUUGAACCGAGGCCAUUGGACAUUCGCGCACUUGCAGUCGUAGAAUACUGAGGGAUGGCAGCACUGCUGGCCCGGCAUGUAGGCCUGUGUGGGCGUGCCGGGCCAGAGUCGGCUGCUGCAGGGGGAUUGUGGCUGUGGCGCACACGUGCAUGCGGUGUGCACCGGUUCGAAGGUCGUGUGUGCGUGCGCCUCGCAUGUGUGGCGGAGGGGUGUGUCCGGUUACCCGCCAGACAGGCGGCACGGUACGUGCGUCCUUUCUCCUACAUUUCUUGGCUCGCCCCGCAAACCGCGACGGCCACGUCGUGAUACGGUAUUGGCUAUUGUCCUUUAUCCAUACUCGUAAUAUUGCUGGCACAAUAAGGCGGCAGGUCGAUUGGCCGAAGCGAGAAGCGAGCACCCCCCGUCCAUUGGGGAUGGACUUUUGCAAGGUCGCGGGGAGUUGCGCAGGUUUAGGCCCGGCCGGUGCCUGGUUAGCAGUCUUUGCUGGCGAGCAUACGGUAGCAUGGCACGGUGUGUAAUUCAUUGCUGUUGGGUUUCGUGCCUACUGUGCGUGUGCUUGACAGCGGGACCUGGCUGGACACGUGGCGGGCCAUACCUGUACAAGUCGACCCAGGCAAUAGGAGAACGGUGGCGGGGGCAGGCAGAGAUGACAUGAGUCCGGGAGGUGUGGUAGGCGCUUGCGGCCUCAGACGGGAGACGUGGCGUGGGCCGUUUUUGUCCUUCGACGUGCCUUAACUUUGCAAUGGGCGGCUGUCCCACUCGCUUCUGGUGGUGCCUACGGCCGCGCGCGUGAAGUAGUAUCGUUUGGCGGUCGUUUGAAAUUGUGCCCAGCAGGUAAGUCUUGCUCCUGAAUGGGCCGUAGCUUUUGCGGUGUCAAAUAACAGAGGAACCCCUGACGAAUAAGGUUUCGAAGGCAGAAAUGGUCAUGGGUGAACAGCCGCUUGGUUGCCCGCACAACCAAGCGGCUUGGCCAUUUGCACGGCGCGUGCCCCUGCCUGCGAGUGAUGCUGAGCUUCAGUGCUGGCGCAAUGUGGGGAGCCGUUUGACACAGGCUCAGUUUUGGCGACGGUGUGUGUGCGUGAGGAGGGGGGAGGCGGGGAUGCGAGAUUGACACCGGGUUGCCGGCACGCGCACUUCGGCGCAAUUCGUGGUGACUGCAUUUUAUAUAACAUAAGACCACAACAUAUAAUUUGAAGCCUUCGUGUGGGCUAUCGCGUGCUUCAGAAGGCGCGCCGACUUGAAGCCGAUGAUUAUGGACGCGAUGAAAGGCUGGGAGGGAGGAGUAAUGACAGGAACACGCAAUGUGAACAGGCACGAAUAGGUUAUGGUCCGGGGCUGGGCAAUACUAGCCACAAAUC